GCAGUUGCAAAAAAAAUAUCUAAGGUUGGUUGCCAAUUGCUAUCAGAAAUGCUAUAAAUAACUCAUCUAGGGUUAGGGUUAACAGCUGAGGGCCUCUUGCAAUUGUCUUGAUCUUUAACUCCCUAACUAUUUCCAACCGUAGAAAUUAAAGUUAAAGAAAUUAAAACUUAUUUAUAUAUUUUUCUCUUCUUCUUUAAUAUAUACACGUUAUUACAACUUUAGAUUCCAUUAAAAAGUCAAGAAGCAGAAGAAGGAGCUGAGAGGGGAAUUGAAGGGAGAAAAGCAUGAGGAAGCGUCAGGUGGUAUUGAGGAGAUCUUCCCCGGAAGAACCUUCUAGAAGCUCGUCAACAGCUUCAUCUCUGACGGUGAGAACUGUGAGAUACGGUGAGUGUCAGAAGAACCAUGCCGCCGCGGUUGGAGGUUAUGCCGUUGACGGCUGCCGAGAGUUCAUGGCAAGCCGGGGUGAGGAAGGUACAUUGGCAGCUCUAACGUGCGCCGCCUGUGGCUGCCACCGCAGUUUCCAUCGAAGAGAAAUCGAAACCGAGGUUGUUUGUGACUGUAAUUCACCUCCUUCUACUGGAAAUUAGACAAGAAAAAAACUAGAGCUAGCUAUGAGUUUGUUUGUGUCUUUGUGUGUGUUAUACAGAUGAAACUGAAAAUAUUAUAUUUGCUAUC